AUGGCGACCGAUAUGACGAGCCCCAUCCUGGACGCCCUGUCCGCGUCCGACGCCUCCAUCCUCUCCAGCGAAGCCUUCCCCUCCACCCCCUCACUAAAUGUCAAGGCCGCCCUCGACCGUCUAGCCUCCCGACAGAUGGUCGAGUAUGAGACCUUCGACAAAGAGGUUGCUGCCUUGACCCCCGAAGGUGAAGAAAUCGCCACGAAUGGCAGUCACGAAGCCAAGGUGUUCCAGGCCGUGUUGGCUGCUAUGGACGGAUUGAAGAUCGGCGACUUGCCCGGAGUCGUUGGAAAGGACAACGCCAAGAUCGGUCAGGGCAAUGCUUUCAAGAAGGGCUGGAUCAAGAAGGACAAGGAUCUUCUGCGGGCGACGACCGACACCAUCGUGGACGAGACCCGCGAGUUGUUGCUGACGGUCAAGAACACUCAGACUCUGAAUGACCAGAAGGCCCUCACAGAUUUGAAGCGGCGCAAGCUGGUCGCCCUGCAGAAGGUCAUUUCCUUCAAGAUCUCCAAGGGCCCCAAGUUCGCGCGCGAAUUCGUCAAGGAGGAGACCGACCUGACCGCGGAGAUGCUCAUGAACGGCUCCUGGAAGACGGCCCAGCUGAAGCCCUACAACUUCAAGGCUAAGGGUGCCCCCACGCCCGCUGGUGCUUUCCACCCCCUGAACAAGGUGCGCCAGGAAUUCCGCAACAUCUUCUUUGAGAUGGGUUUCGAGGAGAUGCCUACCAACCGUUUCGUCGAGACGGGCUUCUGGAACUUCGACGCCCUCUUCGUCCCCCAGCAACACCCCGCCCGUGACCUUCAAGAUACCUUCUACAUCGCCGACCCGGUCAAGGCCGACCCGCCUCGCGAGGACCCCGAGAACGACCCUCACCGUCCCAAGUCCGUCCAUCCGGCCUCGAACGCCACCCAGGAGAAGCCCCUCGACUACAAGCAGUACUGGGAGGACGUCCGCCAGGUGCACGAGAAUGGCAAGUACGGA